AUGAGUCUCCUCGGCACACAGGACCCCUUGGUCUGCCUCGGCACCGACCUCUUCGUAGACAUUCUAUCCCACCUAGACGGACAGGACCUCCUGCAGGCAGAACGGGUAUCGCACUGCUGGCACGACUGUUCCCAGGCAUUCUCGUCGGGUCUAUGGCGUAGGGCCGCACUCCGGGCCCCCGUCGAGCCCAGUGACGUUUACGCUUGCGACAGCCUCGCCACCGAGGGCCGUUGGACGGUCGACGAACACGACCGACGUCCCGUCGUUGACGACGUUGGGCGUCUGUUGGACCCACCGACGAUCAGACACUGGGCGACCCGAUCGGUCGACAGUCCCGGUCCUGCCUUCUUGCAGCUCACUUCAACACCGCUCGAUACACCGCUUGGGGAGAGCGUUCGUGUCAACUGGCGUUAUGUCUGUCAGUCCCACAAACAACUGCAAACGGCAUGGAGUACCGCUCGCUGCCGCCUGCGUUGGAUCACCCCGCCAACCAACACUGUCUGGCGUAUCAAGUCCAACCCUGAACAAAACGUCCUCCUCUGCACGUCGCGCAUGAGCGGCAUGACCGUCGUGGAUCGGGUCAAUUGCAAGCCCAUCUUCGCCAUUGAGGGUAUGGAAGGGUAUGCCCAUCUCGAAGCGGGCCGUGGGUUCGCCGUGUUCGAUACCCCAGGCCAUGUCCAGCCCCUUGCAGGUUUGCAGUUUGACGCCUCCAACAGCAAUACGGCGCUCGAGGUCUGGCGCACCGGCGAAGCUCGCGCUCGCUCUCGUCUCCCCCGUGCAGGAUAUUCGUCUGUGGCCGACUCGGCCGUGUCAUACACCCACGAUGACGAAUUUCAUCCUGGCGUGCAAGAUGAGCCCCUGCCUCGUGGCCACAUGGAGCAUUUCCGCACCCUGGAGCCAUCGGCUCGCUGCCUCGCGUUCCGUCUCCAUGUGGACGACGCCGAUUCCGAGAACCCGCGGGCCAUUGUCGCUGCGGCAGGAUCCUCGGCAGUGUACAUCUGGCACUUGGAGGAGAAUCGCGAGAUGGAGACAAUUGAGCGCGGAUGGGAAGACCAUGGGAGGCCCAAUUACAUUGAGCUCGACGACGAGUUUGCCUUCAUCUGCCUCGACCGCCAGAUGCACGUCUACUCGCGCCAGACGUUGCGGCACCUUGCGUCGUUUCCGCCACUCCGUGCAUCGGCCAAGGACGCUGCCAACCUCGCAUUCCCACUGUCUCUAGCCGAAGACUUCAAGGCUAUUCCCGACGCCGAACGUGUGCGGGCAAACCCGGGAAAGACAGAGGACGGUGUGCCUGCGCCUAUUGGCCGCGCAGUCGUGACUGGAGCAUACAAGGGCACUCCAGAGUUUGACGACGCUGUCCUGCGCGGCAUUGCAAUGCACCCCGUCCGUCUCCUCGUGGACCAGGAAGACGACAUCGAGUACGGCUUCACCGCGGUACACUUUACAUCUACCGACCUGGUGUGCACUGCACGCUCGGGUGCAGUCUUUAUUGUUCGCGACUACGCUCGCGUGUUCCAUGAGGCAGCCUUGUUGGCCGCUCCGGACCGUUCACACCACAUUGCGCAAAACACGAUUAUCAUUGGCCUCGGAACAACCAUUCGCCAGCUUACGACUUACCGUGACCACAUUAUCGUCUGCACGUCAUUCAAUGUUAUUAUUUUCGAAGGCGACCGUCUACCCGCCCUUCCGGCCAAGGGAGAGGACCCAGUGGACCCAACACCUACACUCCGCGCACACGUCCUACUCGGUAACCAUCCGCAAGCCAUGAAGAUGAGUAGCUGUAUCCAGGCGGAUGCCCGCAGCAUCUACCUCACUUACUGGGCUACGGGCGAGAUGGACGCGACCGGUGGGACGGAUCCAAGAAACCCGGCGUUCCCUCCUGAAGCUGCGCUCGAAGGAUUUGGAAUGUGUGUCAAGGUGUGGACGUUUGGACUGGACUGA